AUUAGGGUUUUUCUAAUUCCAUGGAUGAUUGGUCUGAUUCAAUCAUCUUCCACGGUUUCAAUUGGUUUUACUUCUGUCCUAAAUAAAUUCUCAUUGCCUAAAGUCACCGUUCUAAUUGCAACUGUCUGGUCAAUUCGUUGUUUCUUGUUCUUCCAAUGGAGGAACCUCGCGUCAAGCGCCCCAAAAUUUCAAGGGGCGAAGAUGACUAUUUGCCAGGAAAUAUCACCGAGAUUGAGCUCCACAAUUUUAUGACUUUCAAUCACUUGGUAUGCAAACCUGGACCUCGGUUAAACCUUGUCAUAGGGCCAAAUGGUUCUGGUAAGAGCUCUCUUGUAUGUGCUAUUGCACUUUGUCUGGGCGGUGAACCUCAGCUGCUUGGGAGGGCCACAAGUAUUGGUGCAUAUGUGAAGCGAGGGGAAGAUGCAGGAUAUGUUAAGAUUUCUUUGAGGGGCUACACUAAGGAAGAGCAGAUCACUAUUGUCCGUAAAAUAGAUAUUCGUAACAAGUCAGAGUGGUUGUACAAUGGCAAACCUAUGGCCAAAAGAGAGAUAUUGGAAGUAAUUCGAAAAUUCAACAUCCAAGUCAACAAUUUGACACAAUUCUUACCACAAGAUCGUGUCUGUGAGUUUGCGAAAUUAACUCCCAUUCAGCUCCUAGAAGAGACCGAAAAAGCAGUUGGUGAUCCUCAACUUCCUGUGCAACAUUGUGCCCUUGUAGAAAAAAGCCGUGAACUAAAAAAAUAUCAAAAAGCUGUAGACACAAUGGGAGAAAGUUUGAAACAGCUGGUAGCGCUUAAUGCUGAGCAAGAAAAAGACGUUGAGCGUGUUCGCCAAAGAGAUGAACUUUUAGAAAAGGUUGAUUCUAUGAAAAAGAAAUUGCCAUGGCUGAAGUAUGAUAUGAAGAGGACUGAAUACUUGGAAGCCCAAAAGAGGGAAAAAGAGGCCAAGAAGAAUUUGGAUGAAGCUGCAAAGACACUGAAUGCAUUCAAGGCUCCCAUUGAAAAACAAAAGCAGGAGAAAACAAAGCAGGAGGAUCAAUGUAAACGCAUAAACAAUCUCAUGAAUGAAAAUAUUAAGAAACGGAAUGAUCUUCUGCAGAAAGAGAAUGAGGCGGCAGUGCAUGCACGAGGUAAAUAUAAGGAAAUCGAAGAUUUGAGGAGAGAAGAAGAUUUUCGCAAACAAAGUAUUAUAGAGGCUAAAAAGAAACUUGCUGAUGCUGAAGAAGAUCUUCAGAACCUGCCUGUAUAUGAACCUCCUAAGGAGGAAAUUGAGAGAUUGAAAAUUCAAAUUGUGGAGUUAACUUCUUCUGCUCAGCAAAUGAUGCAGCAGAAGAAGGAGAAAGAAAGAUCUCUAGGUCAAAUGAAAACUGACCUGAGGAACUGUGUGGAUUGUUUGAGAGAUAUGGAGAAUACUAAAAGCAAAUGUUUACAUGCUUUAAAGAAAUGUGGUGCAGAUAAGAUAUUUGAAGCUUAUCAGUGGUUGGAACAGAAUCGUGAUAAAUUGAACAAGGAGGUUUAUGGCCCUGUAUUGCUUGAGGUAAACGUGUCUAAUGAGGUCCAUGCUAACUUCUUGGAAGGUCAUGUUGCUCACUACAUCUGGAAGUCUUUCAUUACUCAAGAUUCCAGUGAUAGGGAUUUUCUUGUAAAGAACCUACAGCCGUUUGAUGUUCCCAUUCUAAAUAAUACAAGAGAAGAAUCCGGUCGGAAAGCACCUUUUGAAAUUUCUAAGCAGAUGCAUGAACUUGGCAUCUAUUCCCGACUUGACCAGGUUUUUGAUGCUCCCACUGCUGUAAAGGAGGUUUUGACAUCACAAUUUGGUCUAGAGCAUUCAUAUAUUGGGUCGGACAAAACUGAUAAGAAGGCUGAUGAUACUGCUAGAAGAUUAGGAAUUUUAGAUUUCUGGACUCCACAAAACCACUAUCAUUGGUCUGUUUCUAGAUAUGGUGAUAAUGAAAUGUCAGCCCAAGUAGAACCUGUUCAUGAUUCACGUCUUCUACUGUGUGGUUUGGAUAGUGGAGAAAUUGAAAAACUGAGGUCCAGAAAGAAUGAGCUUGAAAAGUCUGUUGCUGAUGUGGAGGAAGGCAUAAAAUCACUUCAGAUUCAGCAAAGACUGGUUGAAGAUGAAGCAGCCAAACUUCAAAAGCAGCGGGAGGAGAUGGUUGAUACAGCAAGAAGGGAGAUGAAAAAACGGAAAGAAUUGGAAAGCUGUGUUGAACAACGGAAAAGAAAAUUAUUAUCCUUGGAGAAAGCUGGUGAUAUGGAAAUAGCUGUAGUGAAGCUCAUUGACCAAGCUACAAGAUCAAACAUUGAGCGUCUUAAACAUGCAAAUAAACUUAAGGAUUUGCUGGUUGAAGCUGUUUCCUGCAAAUGGAGUUAUGCUGAGAAACAUUUGGUUUCUAUUGAAUAUGAUGCAAAGAUUAGAGACUCAGAAGCCAAUCUCAAGGAGCAUGAGAAGUUUGCUUAUCAGGCAUCAAUGAACUUAGAGAUUUGUCAACAAGAAGUAAAGGAUUAUCGUCAACAACUGUCAGCUGCCAAGAGAACUGCUGAAUCAAUUGCCACCAUUACUCCUGAACUUCAAAAGUUAUUUCUCGAGAUGCCAACUACGAUCGAGGAGUUGGAGGCUGCUAUACAAGACAAUAUUUCUCAAGCCAACUCUAUUGUUUUCCUAAACCAAAACAUACUGCAGGAAUAUCAAGAUCGUGAACGUCAGAUAGAAACCAUUUCUGCAAAACUAGACGCAGAUAGAAAGGAACUUCAAAGGUGCUUAGCUGAGAUAGAUGCCCUGAAGGGAAAUUGGCUCCCGAAGUUGAGAAAUCUUGUUAGUCAGAUAAAUGAAACUUUUAGUCGUAACUUCCAAGAGAUGGCAGUUGCAGGAGAAGUUUCAUUGGAUGAGCAUGACAAUGAUUUUGAUCAAUUUGGAAUUCUUAUAAAAGUGAAGUUCAGGCAAGCAGGUCAACUUCAAGUUCUCAGUGCUCACCAUCAAUCUGGAGGGGAACGUUCAGUUUCAACGAUUCUUUAUCUUGUUUCUCUUCAAGAUCUCACUAAUUGUCCCUUUAGAGUGGUUGACGAGAUUAACCAAGGAAUGGACCCCAUCAAUGAAAGGAAGAUGUUUCAGCAAUUAGUAAGGGCGGCCAGCCAGCCAAACACCCCACAGUGUUUCCUUCUUACCCCAAAAUUGCUACCGAACCUAGAAUACAGUGAGGCUUGUAGCAUUCUGAAUAUAAUGAAUGGUCCUUGGAUCGAGGGACCGUCUAAAGUGUGGGGAAAUGGAGACUGCUGGAGCUUGAUUGCAGGGUUAGAAGAAACACGUCGUCAGCGCUGCUGAGGAUAUCAGAGUAGAAAAGUUAACCCAAAUCGGGCGGGACGCGGAAGAGGAGAGAUCACACUCAAUUGUUCAGGAAUAUAUCAUUUAAAUGGAACUGAGGUUGUCUUGUAAUUGCAGCUUUUUGGGAAGUCAUAUCUGCUUCAUUGUUUCGAGCUGUGUAUUUGUUGCUCCCUGUAAAGGGUGGUUUCUGUGG